AGCACAUACACCAAUCGGAUCUCGUCCACAUCGCGACGCACUUAUUGCUUGUCACGAGAUCAUACACAACAUACGAAGAAAUUCAGGCACCAGGUCUGGAUCGUCACCGCAUGCUAUUGUAACUUAAGAAAGUGAUAAUUCAACAACACCAGCAUACGCAAGUAGAUUUGCCUUUGCCGCAGCAUACUUGUUCCUUUGUACGCGUUUUGGAUUAAUUCCAUAAAGAACUUACCAAGAGGAAAAAUGUUGUCCACGUUGCGAUCCGCGGGUCUCCGAGGUGCGAGCCGGCAGGCCGGGAGUGCGAUGCGCACUGGCGCCCUUACACGGUUGAAUGCGGUACUUGCUCCUUCAUCGCAGAACGCGUGCAGUAGCUGUCGUAACGGAUGCGCGGCAUGCAGCAGCGUGGCGCGAGCUUUCUCUUCUGCCGCAGUGAAGAAGCUUCAGACAGGUUUGUGAAGAGAAAAAACAAUAAUGCUUUAAGUAGACUUCUCGACCCGCAGAGCUUUAGCAUCCCCGCCUGGCUGUUUCAUCCCCUUGCAUACGGAUUUUAUCGUUUUAGGAGCUACAACUACUGAAUUAUACGCACUCACCUUUUGUUGAUGUUUUCAUGAGGUUUCCUAAACCUACAUGCGAAGGAAUUUAGUCGUGUUGCUAUCCACCAAAACCAGGUUUGGCGCAGGAGCUCCAGCACGAGAAGGACAACUAUGAGAAACCCGCAGAGCUUUCUAAGGUGCCAGCCGGAUGGAACUUCACAGAGGAUGCAGGAAACGUGAACAUGAAGCUCGAGAAGACGCUUGGUAGUGCAGUCUUUUUUCACGGACAGUGUUUUUUCUCUCGUGGGAAGUACGUAUUUUAUACACCUACAUGCACAGUCUUCAGAUCCUACUUUGGUCUACUUUUAUGUUAGCGCCUCUCUAUUCAGAUGCACCUCUUGAUGCCAUCUUGAAAAAAACAGCUGGUGACCGAGUGUGUAAGGUUGAGUGGCAGCUGGUGAGCCCGCCAAUGGCUUACGAGGACGAUCCGGAGUAUCAGGAGGGGGAGACCCCUAUGGAUUGCAAAAGUGUCUGGGUCUGGAAGAUUGCAACUUGUCAUGGUAAAUCUGAAGCAUGCAAAAAUCUGUUUUGCAUGAGCGGCAAAAGCUGUCCACUUUUGACCAAGUUGGAAGGGAGUUUCUCAUGCAGGACAGGCAUGGCGGAGACUUCGCAGAGUCUGUCAUGCUAAGUCCCGCAUUCCAGACCUCAUGGGUCAUGGAAAAUCUGCAUGACAAGUCUACACUCUUCCAGACCCAGACAUUUUUACAUUUGAUAACCCCAGAGGAGCCGACGGAAGUGGAGCUCACCGUCACCGUGGAAACCAAGGAUGGAGCCGAAGGUACUUACAACUUCGAACACUUAUUUCGACGUGGGAGCAUACUUCUACUUGUUUAAGCCUCGUCACGAAACGUCCUUGUAGCAGGAGCCAGACUUCUUGCUUUUUUUUUCAUUCGUUUGAGUGCAAACAAGCAUGCUGAUACUGCAUCAAAGGUUUGACGUAUUUCUGCUCGACGUCGAGCAUGGAGGGGGCGAAGGAAGGUCCCAAAACGUCGCUUUCCAUCGGGAACUUGAAGACGUGGAGCUCCGUCGAGGAGCGCGACAAUGCCGCAGCUUACAACGGUCCGGAGUUCGAUGACCUGGAUGACCGAUUGCAGGAGGCCAUGGAAGAAUACCUCGGUACUACACAUACAAUGGGAGCUGCGCAUUUUCUCUGAUUGUGCUAGAAAAUUAUUCGUAUGAAAAUGAAAAUGUUCUCAAUCAGUGCAUGAUGGGAUGAUUGUCGUGUUGCAGAAGUAGCUCGAUUUACGUCGACUUUAUGAACCCCACCAUCUAGAAAUGCAAAUGAUUCGACAUCACAAAUUGAAUGAAAACAGCGGAAAUCGGAGUCUCGGAGGAGGUACAGGAGUUUGUCAAUGCAAGUGCUGCGGACAAGGAGCAGCGCGAAUACAUGCGGUGGAUGGAGAAUCUGAACAAGUUCGUCAAGGUAUUGUGAGGAAAAAUCCCCCCUCCCCAUAUUGAAAUAUUUCGUCUGAAAAUUUGUGAUGCAGAUUUGAGGUGACAAAUCCUGUCUGUCUUGCAAGAAGGCAAAGCCAGAGAAUCCGCCGCAUUAUGCCGGCGGUUUGUGAUGCGGUUGGGCUUACAGAGCCGACAUCUGUCACGCUAGUCCCCUACGUCAAAACCUCUCGACCCAGGCUUGGCAUAUGCCUGCAGUCCUCUCCAGCAAGACAGGCCUGAUUUGUGUACGCAAAUCCAGCAUCAGAAACUUCGUUUCGAUAUGGGGAGGGGGGAUUUUUCCCUUUGAUGCAAGGCCUAGGUGACAGAUUUUUUCGAACACGGCUGAAAUGUAUUUAGAGCAAUACUGGUUUUGCCAAAACCACGACGAACAGAUGACAUGACACCGACGACAGAUACAAAUGUGCGUGUACUUAUUUUCAAUGUAGGGGCUUUUUUGGCAUUGAGAUUGAUGCAUAACAAAGCCGUCAUAAAAUUUUCCGAUUCUGUUGUUGUCUUUUUCUUUUGCAACAGCACGUCAUAGCUGCCACACGCAGCGCUUCUUAACUUUUGACACACUUUAAGUGGCCGUUCCGAAAGGAUCAGGCUACAAUUUCCUGCUUUUGAGAACUCAGAACAUACUGGAUCCACUAAAGAAAAACUCGUUGCCUUUUUGUAGCGAGAAUUCGUAUGACCACACAAAAAUGACGACUCUCGACGGACUCUUCUUUGUAGCGUUUUUCUGAUUAGCGACCGACCACGUCUUCUUCUUCUAGAAAAUGAUAAAUCAGACCACAAAUUAUCCAUCGCUCUAGAAGGUUGAGGCGAUAAAAACGCGAGCCACC